ACUGCUGAUGCGGCGCAUCUUACGUCGCUUUCUGGAGUCUGGGGCUUUGUAGCUUGAAUUACAGGAUUUGUGUUGGGUUCACCGGGGAAUUGGGUGGAACUAUUGAUCCGGAGCGAGGGGAACCCCCAUCAAGCAGUUGCUAAAGUGAAAGUGAUAUGGCCUUGCAGGGUCAGGAAGAGAUCGGAGAGCAGAUCGAGGAAGCUGGAGACCCUCAGCAAGAUGUCAGCAUCUCCCCAGUGGAGCAGCAGCCCGAAGGGCCCGAAGUGGAGGUCGGAGACCAGCUGCUCCUGCCCUGGGAUCGCUUCUCGGCUUGGCUGCACUGCAUCUGUGUGGUGGGCUUCGAUCUGGAGCUCGGGCAGGCGGUAGAAGUUAUUUACCCUCACCAUUCCAACCUGACGGACAAAGAGAAAACCAGUAUUUGUUACUUGUCUUUCCCUGACUCCAACUCAGGCUGCCUUGGGGACACGCAGUUCUGUUUCCGGUUCCGCCAGGCUCUGGGCAGGAGGACGUCGCUCCGCUGCUUUCUGGACCAGUUCGACAGAGACGCUCCGGUCUACCUGAAGAGAGAUCCUGGCCACUACUAUGGCUACGUUUAUUUCCGGCAGGUUCGAGAUAAGUCGCUCAAGAGGGGUUACUUUCAGAAGUCCCUGGUGCUGAUCAGCAAGCUGCCCUAUGUGACUUUUUUCCACUCGCUGCUUCAACUCAUCGCCCCCGAGUACUUUGAGAAACAGGAGCCUUGCCUGGAGGCUGCUUGCAAUGACAUAGACCGCUGGCCUGUCCCGUCUCCUGGGAAAACCUUAAUCUUGCCGAUAAUGGGAGUGGUGCUGAAGGUUCGGAUUCCCACCUGUUCUGAUAAGCCUGGCACCACGCAACUGGCGCAGGCAGCACAGAGUGACACCCAGGUCUCUGUUGUCCUUCCAUCUAUUUAUGAAGUGGAGCUUUUCAGGUGCUUCAGCCCAGUGUUCUUUCACAUUCAGAUGCUGUGGGAGCUGGUGUUGCUAGGGGAAGCCCUGGUUGUCAUGGCGCCUUCACCCGCUGAAUCCUCGGAGACUGUUCUGGCAUUGGUCAGCUGCAUCUCACCCCUGCGGUACUGUAGUGACUUCAGGCCCUAUUUCACUAUCCACGACAGUGAAUUCAAGGAGUACACCACUCGCACGCAGGCUCCGCCUUCUGUGAUUCUGGGAGUGACCAAUCCCUUCUUUGCAAAAACGCUCCAGCACUGGCCACACAUCAUCCGCAUCGGGGACAUGAAACAAGCAGGGGAUAUUGCCAAGCCAGUUAAGGUGAAGAAACUGAAGAAUCUGAAGACAUUAGAUUCCAAACCAGGUGUUUACAGUGCCUACAAGCCAUUCCUCAACAAAGAUGAGGAGAUUAUCAGGCAGUUGCAGAAGGGAAUCCAGCAGAAACGCCCGUCCGCAGCCCAGAAUGCUAUUCUGCGGCGCUACUUCCUGGAGCUAACCCAGAGCUUCAUCAUUCCUCUGGAGCGCUACGUGGCUAGUUUAAUGCCGCUUCAGAAAAGUAUCUCUCCUUGGAAGAGCCCUCCCCAGCUGCGGCCCUUCAACCAAGAGGAGUUCAUGAAGACUCUGGAGAAGGCCGGCCCUCAGCUCACCUCUCGCCUCAAGGGGGACUGGAUUGGGCUGUACAGGCAGUUCCUGAGGUCUCCCAACUUUGAUGGCUGGUUCAGGACCCGCAGGAAAGAGAUGACCCAGAAGCUGGAAGCUCUUCACCUAGAGGCCUUGUGUGAUGAGGACUUGCUGCUCCGAAUUCAAAAACACACCGAGGUGGAAACUGUGGAUCUUGUGCUGAAGUUAAAAGACAAGCUGUUGCAGGCCGAACAGGAGCAGUUGCCAGUCAAGGUGGGGACGCUGGCCAGACUUCGGACACACAUUGAGGCCAUCAUUCUGACCCUGCCAGAGGACUUACAGGCCAUCCUGCAGAAGUCAGGCACAUCCUGAUACCAGGGUCGGCUUAGCUGGACGUCCAGCAGCAAGGCAGCGCAUCAAGGAGCUGGGGAACUGGGUAGUUGCAGACAAAGAACAUGCAGAUGAGUGGUGCCCAAAUCUAAACGGGACGGGUUCACAUUUCUCGUGAGAUGUGGCUUUUAUAUUAAGUGCACUUGUAUUUAUGAACCUAAGAGCCAUGUGCCCACAGGAGAAGUUCCACACGUGCAGUGCUGGCAUUGCAAAAACAGAAAACCAAUCAACAACAGAGGAAGCUGUAUUACACUGCACUACCUGUUUUGUCCUGCAGUGGGAGUCUGUGUACCACAACCCAGAUCAGGAUACCCCCUGGCUAGCAACCAGGCUGUCUGUGCUCUCGUCAUUUCCUCUCGCAUUUCACCAGCCUUUCUCCGCCUUUCUUGUGCAAGUCACCUGAGGAAUUAAGUCUCUUCAGUUUGCGUUUCUGGAGUUUGCCACGCUUCCUAGAAGACGUGGACGUUAUGGGGGUAAGGUAUGUGUACUGGCAGGUUACAAGGAGGCAGUUCGUAUUUACGUGGAGCAGCUAAGUUCGUUUUUUAGCUCUGUGGCCAUGUCAAAAAAGUUUCUUGAAACAUUUAUGAAAAGGCUGCAGGUCGUCGUGGGGAAGUGCAAAAAAUUGUUUUAGAAAUGUUUUAUUCUUGAUAGAUUGUUUGAAAGCCGCUAAGGUCUGUGAAAAAGACCUUCCUGUUCUCGCACUGACAGUGAUCCAGCACUGUUCAUGUUAAGUUAAGAGACAGCCCAAAUCCAUGGUUGUCUCACACUUCUUAUGAAGGAACACUAAUCUAGCUUUCUCUUUCUCAGGAUCAUUGAUAACCAGUCCUGCCACUUCAGCAGAGUCCCCUGUUUCUGAGUAGAAGCAAUCUGGAGGCUAUAAAUGACCAGGAUCCAGUCCCCAAAUGUAGCACAUCGUGCCUCACACCCACACCGAAACUCUCAAGAUCCAUUUAAUUGGGUAACUGAAACAGCCAGAAAACACAUUAAAUAUUAUAAAGUAUUAAUGUUCAGUUAUUUGUUUUUACAUUGCACUGUAGAUAUAUAUAUCA